GGCGCAGGCGCGCGUGGGCGGGGCCGCGGCGCCGCUUCCGGCAGCGAUGGCGAUGGCGGCGGCGGGGCUGGGACCCGGCGAGGCCGCCGCGGCCGCUCACGCCCUGUCGCUGCCGGCCGAGGCCUUCGGCAACGAUCCCCGCGUGGAGCUGGCCUGGGCCAUGAAGGCACACCAGCACGCCCAGGUCUACUUCAACCUCAUCUCCUCCGUGGACCCCAAGUUUCUGAACCUCACCAAAGUCGACGACCAGAUCUACAGUGAGUUCAGGAAAACCUUCAGGGAUCUUAAAAUUGAUGUGCUGGAUCCAGAAGAGCUGAAAUCAGAGUCUGCCAAGGAGAAGUGGCGCCCAUUCUGCCUGCGGUUCGAGGGGGUGGUGGAGGACUUCAACUACGGCACCCUGCUCCGCCUGGACUGCCGCAAGGACUACACCGAGGAGAACACCAUCUUCGCCACCAGAAUCCAGUUUUUUGCCAUCGAAAUCGCUCGGAACAGAGAGGGCUGCAACAGCGUCGUCUACAGCAGUGCCAGGGAGCCGGCAGCCACUGCGGCAGAGGAAACGGCGUCGGGGUGAGGAUGAGACAAGUUCACCCUGUGCCAAGGCUGUACCUGCCUUCCCUGCGCCUCCAGUUCAGGCUAUUUGCAGACUGUAAAUAAAUGUUUAAAAAAAAAAAAAUA